AUUGAGUCCAUUUGCCUUUUUCGUGAAAAGAACAGUUUUACAAGUCUCUCUCGUCUCUCUCGCCACUGCUUUCGAGAUAAGAAUUGAAUUASAACAAAUCUAUAAAGGCGAAACGAGGGUGGAAAUAGAAGCCUAAGACCCUAAGAGCUUCCUGAUUAUAUUUGAUAAUACAGCAACUUUAGACAGGAGAGAAAACCUUAAAUAGGAUCAACUGGAAUUGUUUGCCACACGGCUGACACGAAUCCAAAACAGGAAGCAAUGCCAUUGCCAUGACAACUCUAGGCUAUUAUUUCUAUAGCUAAAUUGGACAAUUUGUGAGGAACUCAGGAAGAUUGGAAACUCUUAACAGCAAACUCUUCUGGACGCAUUUAAGACCAACAUGACGUCAGCUAGUAACAACACCAACUCUUCAGCCAAUAACAACUCUCGACUUGAUGUCAUGGCAUAUUGCACUGAAUACCUGAACCUGAAAGAAGAAACACAAGCUGAAACCAUUCUAAAACUAACAGCUUACAUGAUAGCAUUCACAGUAGCUGUUAUUGGCAAUGUGCUUGUUAUUGUUAUCGUAUUACGUAAAACACAAUUCAAAACAACAACCAACUUGUUCAUCAUCAAUAUGGCGUUUAGCGACGUCAUAAUGGCGUUGGCAUGCAUACCGAUUACUAUGUACGCUAUUGGCUACCAGAACAUUGGACAGGCUUUUCUAGUAGGCUGGUUUGGCAGAGCUAUCUGUAAGUUAAUUCCAUUCGUACAAGGCCUAUCUAUCGCAGUGUCCAUACUGACGCUCACAACCCUAGCAGGGGAUCGUUUCGUUGCUAUCGUGUAUCCCUUUCGAAAUUUCAUCUCCAAAUCGAGAGCAAAGAUAUUGAUUUUAAUCAUAUGGUUUGUUGGAAGUUGUUUUAACGCGCCAACGUUAUAUAACAUGAGGCUACACGAAGAUGAGAACACCCCUUACUGUCGAGAAAACUGGCAGCCGUAUUUCGAUAACCAGAAAUCUGCAAAAAUCUACACUAUUGUCCUGUUUGUGUUUCUGUACGCUGUUCCUUUGAUGCUGAUCACAUUUUUCUACGCUGCGUUAAUAAGAGAACUCUGGCAAGGAAGCACACUUCAUUCAAACCAAACACGAGCGUUCUCCGAAAACAAGUCAGUGUUGAAAAUGGUUUUGACAGUAGUUGUGAUCUUUGCAGUUUCAUGGCUCCCAAUUCACGUGGUUCCCUUUGUCACAAUCUUCGCAACAGACCCAGAUCUACUCCUGUGUGGAGUCAGUCCAACUAUCACGUUUAUCGGUUGGUUUAUGGGACACGCAAGUAGCGCCAUCAAUCCCGUCGUGUAUUUGGUAUUCAAUGAUAACUUUAGGCGUGAAGUCCUUAAGCUAUUUGGACAUUUGUAUCAGAAAUGUCUCAAAAGACGUCAAGUUAUAUCAGAAAGACCAUUUCCAGAAUCGCGUACCAGCACAACACGCCAGACCCACGCUGUCAGCAUAUCGUCAAACGAUGACAAGAGUACCGCAGGAAGAGCAAAUGACGCUUUUGAAAUGGUUGCUGAGAAUGGCACUGCUGAAGCCACGUGAAAUAUUUAAGAAAUAUUUAAGCACAGUAAGCACUUGUUUUAUAUUGGAUCAUUGAACAAAGACAUCAUUUCCCAACAUCUACCACGAUGCUUUGCGCGUUUCUAUAAACAUACCUAUUUGAAAUCAAUGCAAUGUUUGGACAGCUUUAAACAGCGGUAUAACAGAAGGCGAUUGUCCGUUCGGGAAUUCAAAAGGAGACUGGAAAAGAGUGUGGAAAUUGACCACUUAUCGAAAAUUUGAUUUGCCACAUCAAAGACCACACAACAAUUAGGCUUCUUGUUUGAGACUAUUUAGUUUAAAAAUACUCGCCGAUAAAAAAUUUUCUAAAUUUGCAAAAAUAAGAGAGAAAAAGGACUAUUGUGACUAAUCACAUUAGAAAAUUUAAGCGCAAAGCAUUCUGGUAGAUGUAAACUAUGACGUCGCGAUAACAAGAACCUAUUGCAUUAUUUAAAACAUACAGGGGGUUUGGUAAAAACCUCUGAGAGAGUUUCACCUCUCUAAAUUAUAAUAGGGUAAAUUUGUUAAACUUGUUGAGCUAGACGCUCCUAAAGCUAUUUCAAAAAAAUGUUGCCCGAAUGCCGAAUGGAAUGCCGAUCUCUCGACCGAAAGUGAGUAUGGGUAUUUUUAUGGAUGUUAUUCACUCAUUUGCAAAAAGAUAUCGACAAACCAGAUAAACUAUCAUCAAAGAUCUUAACUGAAAGGAAACAACAGUAUAAUACCCAUAGCAAUGUUCGGUCGUGAAUUGUCCAACAUGUCCAGGCCCUUUCUAGACCGCUGCAUUGAACUACUGGUCAUGGGAAAUACUGGACAUUUGAGAAAAUAUAGAAUUUCAGAUAAACGAGAGCGCUUAAUCCUUCAAACGAAAACUGUCAAUUUUUACAACAAAAGACUCGUGCACAAUAACGCCUGUAAUUUUUGGCCGUUUCUUAUGGGAUCAGUACAUGCGCAUUUACGUCCUUCUGGAACCUUUUUCCUGCGACAAACAGUUCAGCGGAGCUUACUAGAAAAGGUUUGGGACUGGAGUAUUUGACAACCCAUUUUUGAAAAACAGUUCGGUAUUCAAAAUUCAAUUCAAAUCAUUGCGAGUGUAGCAAAUUUCAAAUGGAAAAAAAGACUGAAGUAGAGAAUAUGUUUUAUUUAUUUAUUUAUAAUACCGUUUUAUUGACUUUGUUAUUAGUAUAGUUGGGCAGCCUGUGUAGCUGCUGUUACACUUUAAAACUGUUUUGUUUUGCUUUACUUCUUGCAUACAUAUGUUUGCUAUAAAAUGGCACGUUUGAUAAAAAUAACAUCUCAACGAAUUCAAUUAGACGUUCACUAGAUGUUUAGACAGUAUCUUAUUGAGGCAUAGUCUUUAGCAUUUCAGACAGUAUCAGGGUUUAUUUAUUUUAUCCAAGGUUGGAAAAUAAGUGUUGUUUAUUUUGAAAAAAUAUCGAUUUAAUUCAACAUCAGCUUCUACAGAGCUUAGAAGUAAUGUGUGAGCCUGUAUGAAAAGAAAAUGCUUCUAAAAAAGGCACAUGGCAUGGGCAUUACAAUGUGAAAGUUACUAAAGCAGUCUUUAGUAUUUUCUAAUGCAGAACUGUUAAUGUUACCACUUUAGAUUGCCUUUCUCUUCCUCAGUCAAAGUCUUUUUUGACACGUCCAAAAAAGUGAUUAUCAUAAGUUCUUUAUAGAGACCAACGCAAAACCAGGAUCUUUAUCAGUGUACCGAAGUCUAUUGUAAUUUAUGUAGUUAUAUGUAAAUACUUACAAAACAAUAUUACUGGGUUUAGUAGAAAGGGGGUUGUUUGACCCCCUUUAAUCUGAAAUAUCAUCUAAACAAAUAAUAUCGCUAAUAUUGGGAUAGUUUUAUGGCAUAAUUGGCAGAAUAUCGUAAAGUUGUGAAAGGUAAAUUCAUGGAAGAAGCCGAGAUCGAAAGGAAUUAUGCGGUAGUAAAUAAAAAACUAACUAUUAUGAUAUCCCGUAUGUUACAUUGUUUCAGCUCACGACGUCAUCUAUUGAAACAUCGUUAAGUAUUUGUUUAUGCAAAUAAAAUCCAUGGGAUCC